AUGGCCGACGACAACACUGCCAGCUCGUUCCUCAGCCACCUUCAAGGCGGGGGCGGUACACAGCCCCAGGCUCCUGGCGCUGGACAGGCCCACAACCAUUUCCACGGCCACCACCACGCCGGGGACCACCACCACCACGUUGCGGCGGCGGCUGGACAUGGCCACGGCCACGGCCACGGACACGGCGACGAGGACCACUGGGAUGCCGACGAAUACGUCACCAAGCCAGGCAUGCAAGAGACGGCCGCGCUCAACGCUGAAAACAUCGUUUUCGCACUGGCGCGCGCCGGCGUCGACGCGGCCACCUUGCCGUCCCUCUCGCUCCUCGAGGUCGGCUGCGGACCGGGUGUGGUCACCGCCCACCUCGUGGACAAGUUUGGCUCGGUGCACUCGAUCGACACGAGUCCCCGGAUGCUGACCAAGUUUGCCGAGACGUACGCCGACAAGGAGACGGAGGGCAAAGUGUCGUGGGCGCUGCACCAGCUCGACAGCAAGAGCGGCGACGCGUUCAUGCGCGGUACGCCCAUGCCGUCCCCUACGCCGCAGGACGCCGGGAGGCAGGUCAGGCCGCCCCGGGAGCGGUUUGACGUGGCCGUUGCAGUCCUUGUGGUGCACCACGUCGACGACCUGGAGAGCUUCUUCAAGGGCGUGUUCAGCGUGCUCGAGCCCGGAGGCAAGGUCGUCAUCACCGAGUUUACGACGUACGCCAACGGCCGCGACGUGCUGCAGGAGUUGAGUGCGGAGCGGGCAAAGGAAAAGGCAGAGGCUGCUGCAAAGGCUGGCGGCUCGGUCAACGCGCCCGGUGUCCAUCACGCUCCCUUCUCCCCGGAACUCCUCGGCGCCCUGCUCAACCGCUAUGGAUUUGUAGAUGUCGGCGGAGACAGGAACGGCACACUCCCCGUCUUUGGGACGGACAAGGAGGGUGUGCCGACCAUGUACGUAUACGGCACCAAGCCAAAGUAA